AUGGCAAUGGCAAAUAAUAAAACACAAUGUUUCACAUGCAACAAAGAAAAAAUAACUUAUCCUUGUGAAGGAUGUUCACAACGAUUUUGUUUAGUUCAUUUAAACGAACAUAAACAAUUAUUAAGUGAUGAACUAAAUCAUAUUAUUAAUAAUUAUGAUCAAUUCAAACAAACAAUUAAUGAACAAAAACAAAAUCCACAAAAUCAUUCUUUAAUAGAACAAAUUAAUCAAUGGGAAAAGCAUUCAAUUGAAAUAAUUCAACAAAAAGCAAAAGAAUGUAGAGAAACUGCCAUUAAAUAUUCACAAAAAUUUAUUAGCAAUAUUGAAAUGAAAUUUCAUGAUUUAAGUGAAGAAAUAAAACAACUUCAUAAAGAAAAUGACUUUAAUGAAAUUAAUUUAAAUUACUUAACAAAUCAACUAAGAAAUAUUACAGAAGAACUAAAUAAUCCAUUAAAGAUUUCGAUUCAACAAUACUCACAAACAUUUAUUAAUGAUAUUUCGAUUAUUUCAUCAAAAAAACCAAUAAUCAACAAAUGGAAACAAAAUGCCAUCACUGUAGCUGGUGGAAAUGGAAAAGGACAACAAUUAGAUCAACUCAAUCGGCCUGUUAGAAUUUUUAUUGAUCAAAAGAAAAAUAUUUUUAUUGCGGAGUAUUCCAAUCAUCGUAUUGUUGAAUGGAAACGUAAUGCAAAAGAAGGACAAGUCGUUGCAGGUGAAAAUGGGCAAGGAAACCGAAUGGAUCAAUUGAAUCAUCCAACAGAUAUGAUUAUUGAUCAACAAAAUCAUUCGAUCAUCAUUGCUGAUUUUGAGAACAGACGAGUGAUUCAAUGGUUGAAUCAAAACCAACAAAUUCUCAUUCACAACAUUGACUGUCAUGGUUUGGCAAUGGAUAAAUAUGGAUUUCUUUAUGUUUCUGAUUAUGUGAAGAAUGAAGUGAGACGAUGGAAAAUGGGAGAAUAUGACAACGAAGGAAUCGUAGUAGCAGAUGGAAAUGGCAAUGGAAAUCAACUUAAUUGUUAUACUUUUCUUUUUGUUGAUGAAGAACAAUCCGUUUAUGUAUCAGAUAGAGACAAUCAUCGUGUGAUGAAAUGGAGAAAAGAUGCAAAAGAAGGAAGAAUUGUGGCUGGAGGAAAUGAAAGAGGAGGAAAUCUCAAGCAAUUAUCGUCAUCUGCAGGAGUGAUUGUUGAUAAUUUGGGUCAAGUCUAUGUGGCAGAUUUUGAUAAUCAUCGAAUAAUGCGUUGGUGUGAAGGAAAAGAAGAAGGUGAAAUUAUUGUUGGUGGAAAUGGUGAAGGAGAUCAGUCAAAUCAAUUGAAUGGUCCCACAGGUUUAUGUUUUGAUGAUGAAGGAAAUCUUUAUGUUGCUGAUUAUUUGAAUCACCGAAUUGAAAAAUUUGAAGUGGUCUUGUGA